GUAUAACGAUGCAAAAGUUUUUCGUGCUAUUGUUGCUGGCUUUGCCCGCCGUCCUGCUGACGGUUAAUACCGGAUCUAGUCCGUUCGCCUUUGCCGCGGAAGAUGAGCUGGACGAAGAGCUGGUCGAUGUGGAAACGGAAGAUGCAGCCGUCGUGGCCGACGAAACAGAACCGGAGGAUGAACCCGAAACGACAAAGUCACCGGAUGCGGACACGUACUUGCUCUUCACGCGCCCACUCCAUGCGACCGGUUCCCAACUGGAACUGCCCGCUGGCUAUCCGGUAGAGUUUUUGGUCGGUUUCACGAACAAGGGCGAGUUUGAGGAUUUCGUCGUCGAAUCGGUCGAAGCAUCGUUCCGGUACGCGAUGGACUUUAGCUACUUCAUCCAGAACUUCUCGGCCGUUCCGUACAACCGUGAGGUGAAACCGGGUCAUGAAGCGACAGUUUCGUACUCGUUCCUGCCAACCGAAUCUUUCGCCGGACGUCCGUUCGGGCUGAACAUUGCGCUGAACUAUCGUGAUGGUCGCGGCAAUCAGUUCAGUGAGGCGGUGUUUAAUGAAACUGUUCAAAUCACCGAGGUCGAUGAAGGACUGGACGGUGAAACGUUCUUCCUGUAUGUGUUCCUGGCUGCGAUCGUGAUUUUGCUGCUGGUGCUCGGUCAACAAUUCCUGGGAUCGUACGGCAAGCGGAAACGUCCGACGGCUGCCCGCAAGGUGGUCGAAACUGGAACGACCAGCACGAAAGACGUAGACUACGAAUGGAUCCCGCAGCAAACGUUGAAGCAACUACAAAACUCUCCCAAGGGUGCUCCCAAAUCGUCGCCGAAACAGAGUCCUCGGCAGCGAAAGGCGAAAGCAGGCGUUCAGUAAUAAUCCCAACUAUGCCGUCGUGUGACAGCGAAAGACUCGUCAGCACACGCUAUUCCAUUCCAUCCUCCGGAACUGGAUCGU